AUGAACAACGAGGAGAAGAUGGCCGUUUAUGACUCCAUGAGCUUAAUCAGAGCAAUAGGAAACAUAAAUAGUAAAACAAAACAUGAAACUAUUCUAAACAUUCAACAUAUUUUUACGUUCCUCACCAACAAUGACAAAGACAUAAUCAUCGCCUGGGUUCCAUCUCACCAGGGAAUCAAAGGUAACGAGGAAGCUGACAUAGCAGCCAAAGAAGUAACAUCGCCCUCGUCGGAUGUCAUCCGAAGACGAAUUCCUUAUCAAGACCUUGUUGUAACAUUACACUAUGCCGAGAAACAAUCAUGGAACAAAAUAUGGAACACCUUCAGAAGAACAAAAACUCAUAAUAUAACCCAAGAUUUCUAUCAAACAAUGCCUACCCACAACAUGAAAAGAAAAGACAGAAUAGUCAUGACAAGGCUUAGAACAGGACACUGCAAACUCACACAUGACAAGUGCCACGCUCAAAGGCAAAAAUACAAAAUAACCGGCAGCCCUGACGUCGCAGAAACACAUAGGAAAUGUCCUGAAUUAUCUAAAGGAAACUAA